CUAAGAUCCGCACAAUUCAAUACACCAACCCUUUUCAAAUUUUCAUUCCUUUUUUUAUUGGUCUCUUUUUUUUUUUUUUUCCCCAUUACCCGCUUCUAUUGUUUCUUCGUUCCUUGUUCUUUCUCUCUAUCCAUUUUCUGACACCGAUCUCUGCGACCCUUUUGCAUUUCCUCGUGAUUCGUGAUUUUAAGAGUUGGGUCCUUCGUAAUUUUUUGUCUUGUUCAUGAGAUUUCUUCUUCUUCUUCUUCUUUUUUUGUUCUGUUCGACCCAUCAUCAUUUGUUUUUUGGGGUGCAUGUCACCCUGCUGACCCCAAUCUAGAAAGUUGUCAAUUGGGGUUGUUUUCGAAAAUUUGGCUUUAUUGUUGGAAAGUUGAGCACUUUUGUGUCAUUUACCUUGUUGGGUUUGUGGGAUAUUAUUUGGGGUGGUGGUUUCUUCUUCUUCUUCUUCUUCUUCUUCUUUUUUUGUGUGUGUGGGAUUUGUGGUGUUUCAAUGGGGUGUUUGGAUGAUGGGAGUUUCACUGUUGAGCUUGAAAAUGGAGUGAGCAUUGGUUGUGCUGAAGUGGGUUUGGAGGAAGAGGGGAAUGGUGUUGCCAUUGAAGAUGCUGUGAAGGUUUUAUUGAUGGGUCUUGGGGAAGAUAUAAACAGGGAAGGUCUUAGAAAGACACCACUUCGUGUUGCCAAGGCCCUUCGUGAAGGAACCAGAGGUUACAGACAAAAGGUGAAGGACAUUGUUCAAGGUGCUUUAUUCCCUGAAGCUGGUUUAGAGAAUAGAGUUGGUCAUGCAGGUGGAGCAGGUGGACUUGUGAUUGUCCGAGAUCUUGACUUGUUUUCCUAUUGUGAGUCCUGCUUGCUUCCAUUCCAGGUCAAGUGUCAUGUGGGUUAUGUACCUUCUGGUGAAAGAGUUGUCGGUUUAAGUAAGCUCUCUCGUGUUGCUGAUGUAUUUGCAAAACGACUCCAAGAACCUCAACGUCUCGCAGAUGAGGUAUGUUCUGCUUUGCAUCAGGGAAUAAAGCCGGCAGGUGUUGCCGUCAUACUUCAAUGUACACAUAUCCACUUUCCAGACAUAGAAUCAGUCUUUCUUGACUCAAACCACCAAGGAUGGGUGAAGAUACUUGUUUCCUCAGGUUCUGGGGUUUUUGAAAACAAUAAUGCAGAUGUAUGGGCUGAUUUCUAUAGUCUUCUUAAAUUUAGAGGUAUUAAUACGGAAAAAAUUCAUUUUAGAGGAUCAUCUUAUACAUGCUGGUGUCCUUCUCAGUCUUCUCUUUCUGUCAAAGUUUCCUCCAAAAUCGGACCACUCAAUCCCGUAAUGAUCACUGCAGUAGCUUCAAUUAUCAAAUCUUUGGGAGAAGAUCCAUUGAGGAAGGAGCUUAGAGGGACUCCAAGUAGUUUUGUGAAAUGGUUGAUGAACUUUCAACAUAGUAACUUAGAUAUGAAGCUUAAUGGUUUUCUUUGUGGUGGGAUGGAUUCUUUAAAAGUCAAUGAGGAGGUUAACUACAAAGACAAAAAAAUAUACACUGAGCUGAACUUGCCUUUUUGGUCACAAUGUGAACAUCACUUACUUCCAUUUCAUGGUGUUGUUCACAUAGGAUACCUCUUAUCUGAUGGAUUUAUUCCUAUUGGAAAAUCUCUUUUACUAUCAAUAGUACAUUUUUAUGGUUUCAAGCUCCAAGUUCAGGAAAGGCUUACAAGGCAAAUAGCUGAAACCAUUUCCCCAUUGUUAGGUGGAGAUGUCAUAGUAGUUGUAGAGGCAAGCCACACAUGUAUGAUUUCUAGGGGAAUUGAGAAGUUUGGAAGUAGUACAGCUACCAUUGCUGUGUUAGGACGAUUUUCGACAGAUUUUAGCGCAAGGGCUUCGUUCUUGCAGAGUAUUCCAAAUCCUACAUCUUCCGGAGGGCAAUGAUUCUUGUUUGAGCUUAUUUGAAAUAAUUUAGCAUUAGUUACAAUCAUUCUUUGCAUUUUGAAAUUUCACUAUCUGCAGUGUUCAGCAGAAGAUAUCCUUUUAUGGGUAAUUCUCAUGAAAUUUUUAAGUUGCUCAAAUUUUUGCUUGUAUGACACAUUCACAGUCAGAAAUUUUUCUAAUGAUUGACAGUCAGAUCUUGAUCUCUGUCUUCUCGAGUCUUCUACAUGCUUAUUAUAC